UGUCUUUCCUAAAUUGCAUUCCUUUAAGAUGGCUGGCUUAAACAGAAGGCUGCGCACCGCCCAGCAAAUCCUCCUGCGACGAGCUCUCAACAAAAGCGUUGGCAGAUGCCAUGUUGCCACCGGAUUGGUCCCGAGCAAGGGUGACAUCGUGGACUCUCCAUCUGUGAUCACAGAACUCCAACCUGUCAAUCCAGUUAGGGAGAGAUCCUCGUCCAGAGCGGUGAGAAAAAUCCACAGGUUUUUGGCAGCCAAUCCCUUGAGGAUUUUGCAAGAGAGGAAGGCGGAAAGAAAACUGCCAGGAUGUGAGCUGCAGAGGAAGGACUCUCGUUCAUGGAGGAAACUGAAACCAAGUGAGCAAAACCCAACCGUUAGUGGUCACAGUCUCAAACUCAAUGGCAGGGACAGCACUAGAUCUCGGCAUAGUUCCUCCACUUAUCCUUCUACCUGGCAGCUAAAUGUAAGUAGGGCCAAAGAGAUAUUUCAAGAUAAUUCUCAAGGAUCUCUAGAGGAGAUUCUCAAUUGUUCGAUUCUCAAUCGAACGCCCUAUGAUCACAAGCUUAGUAUUCCCCUCAAGUCGGACAAUUCCUGCCAAUGCACAAUCAAUAAGAAAUCACGACGAAGGGGUAGAAAAACAAAAGGAUUUGCUGAGGCUCAGACCCAAACAACGAGAGAAAUCGGAAGCAAAUUAAGGACUCUUACAGAUGAAAGAAAUUUUCACGGAAAAAGCUGUGAUUUAAGUGUGGAAUUCCAGAAAUUAAGACAGAGGGUGUACAGCGGCGAGGAUGUAAGUCUAGAUCGAAAGAUAUGUAUAUCGCCAUCGAAAACAAGCGCCAUAUCUAAGGCCACUUUUAAGUGUGAAAAAACUUGCCCUGGAAAAUCCUACAAAAAUUAUGGCGGCUACAGCCCUUCGGAAACGGAUAUUGAAACCGAAGCUGAACACAACACGAAGUUCGAAAGUCGUUCUGAUUAUCUAAAUAAAAUAGAGAAGAUCAGCAAACCACCUUCAAAUGCUGAUAUGAAGAGAAGCCAUCAAUAUAUUUCCCAAGAUAGUCGAGAAAACGAGCCUAUUAAUCUGGCUAAGUAUGAAGACCAAAAUUAUGAAAUUCAGAGAAAGAACCUAAAAUGUUUAUGUAAAAAGGCACAGAAAAGAGACAGCCUAGACAAAAGUGGUAGAGCUCAGGAUACUAAAUGCAUAGGACAUUGUAGCAACUCCAUAUGUACCUCGAAGGAAUCACUCAAAGGUACGAAAGUGCAACAGUAUCUGGGCAGAAGCAUUCCUGAAAACGGACGCAUAAAUCAACCAAACUUUCAAGAUAGUGAUCAAAAAAUUCAAAGAAAACACCUCAAUUGUUUUUGCACGAUAACACUGAAAAAAGAUAACCCAGCUAGAAGUGUAAAUAAAUCAUUUGAUUCUCUAAAAGGACAUCUAAUAAAAACGGAUGCAGUCAGAAGCAGCUGUAGAAGAAAUGAGGAAAAAAUACCUUCACAGGACAGCUUAUUAUCGGCUGAUAAAUUUGUUAAUGAAGGUAGUGAAGAUAAUUUUAGCCAAGGUAAGUUUAGGGCUCACAUUGAUUAUCAAAAUAGCGAAAGAAAUUAUAGAACAACCCCUCCAAAUGUUUAUCAUUCUUACAAAUAUACAACUAAUUCCGAUGAUUCAGAUAAUCUAGGAACAAAACAGAUGGAUCAACACCGUUACAAUCAAAUCAGGAAACUCCAAUCUCCGGAUUUAGGGCAAGUUGGAGUCCCAAGACGAUAUCCUUAUACAAGCAAUCGAUGUUUCAGGAUUCAGGAAUCACGUUCGGGAUCUUUGGAAAAGGAAAAUGAAAGGAAAGCAGCUCGUGAAAAAAAUAGUGGUGUUGUUAUUUGCGCAGAGGCCAUUACACAGACUUCUGAAUAUUUGUUGGCAACGUUAAUACCUGGAAGCAUAGACAACUCUCAGGGAACGCCUUUUAAAGAGUUGAAUCACCGGCUAACGAAUUCAGUAAAAGCAAUCAUUGGACAGUCCAAUCAAGAUAACUUCAAGCAAGUUAAAUCAGAUAAAGCAGAUUUAAAGUCCCAACAAAACCAAGUAACUCCCUACCAAGUACAAUGUAAACCAUUAGAACAAGUACAAUCCGAAUCACAAAUAAUUUAUUCCGACAAAGCGCAAUACCAACUAAUAAGAUCUAGCUCAGUAAAGCUAAAAACAGCCCCAGAGAUUGCUCCAAAAACUAAAAAGGCAAUCCAUACACGGACACGAAAGUGUAGUCAAAAAAGAUCUGCUACUUCUGAAAAAACUAAAAAACAGAAAUCCAAGAAUCGUGAAUGCAAAUCAGUUGAUAAGGAUCAAAAUUUAAUUGGAGGUAUGUCUAAUAGUGACAAGAGUGAUGUUUGGGAAAUAUUAAAUGUUUUGCAAAAAACUGUGGCUGGGCUGGAAAAACAAAUAAAUAUAAAAAAAAAAUUAUCUAAAGGUACGAAAUCCAAAUACAAUUCCAGCAAAAGAUAUGCCCAACUAAACGAGAUUCAAAAUCGAUAUGUUAAUCAAUCCCCUACACAAACUGUCCCUGACUGUUUAUAUUCGGAACAAAACCCAACUGCUCUGCCUUUGGGUACUUUUCAAGAACAACCAAAUGUUGGUAAAAUAGAUCUGGCUAAGGUUGCAAGACCAACAAUUGUAUAUCAAACUACUGCUUAUAGAACAACAGAACAUGUCAAUGCUGGAAACCCUACAAAUAUGUAUAAAACUAGUUCUGUUACAAAUUUUUCAAGUCCAAUUAUUUAUCAAAACAACACAAUUCCAAGAGUCAAAGAUCAGGUGCCUUAUAAAGAGGAGGGAGUUACCAAAGAAACUGAAUAUGAUUAUCAUAACCAGGAACCCUCUCACAAACCCAUUAGAUACAUAGAUGAUAACCAUGAAAAAAUUACUUACUGUAUAAAUCCUCAAUGCAAUAGGAAUAAUCAUCAAAUGGAAGUCUACCAAAAGAGUGCCUACGCAAAAACACCACUAUUGGAUUCAGCAUAUAAUCAGGUUUUGAAGCAUACAACCAAUUCAGGAGGGCAGAAUCAAAAGGAAGUAUGCAAAGGCCCAAAGUAUUGUCCAUAUCGAAGUCAGUACAGAGCUGACCAUGGUCCUACAAGUCGAGGAGUAGUUACUUUUCAAGACUGCGAAAAAAUGGGUACAGAGAGGUCUAGAUUAGAAUCUUUUUGUGAUCAAAGGCAUGGACAACUACUAAAGGGUGGCACGGCUUGGGACUUUUGCGAAAAUCCACAUUGCCCAGAAAAUAACACAUUUAAAAAUGAUUCAACUAGAAUUGAGAGAAAACCAUUUGGUCAAGAAUUAAGAGGUUCUCCGCGGGACAAUCCAAAUUGUCCACACAAUGAAUUAGUUUCCAAGACAUUCACGUAUAAUCAUCAGAAAGAACCAUUAUACGAAGAAGAACUUCAUGAAUGUCCUGGAAGCCUUUGCCAAAGGGAAUCCGAAGAAGAUUCCAGUUGUUUAGACAGUCAAGAAUGUUUUGAUAGUCACGCUUAUAAUAAUCGGUCUUAUCCAAGACAAGGGUGUACACCAAACUGCCUCACUAGACCAAAGUCUUUAAAUCAAGAUGAUAAAAGGCAAGUAUAUCAUCAAAGAGGAGAAGGCAAAGUCCUAAGAACUAAGAAUAAUCCGAAAUCAUGUCGAGUAACAAAUGAGAACAGUCCUCAAUGCCCUGAAAAAAUAACAAAGAAACAUGAAAGACCAAGACAAGAUUACCAAAACGACCAUAAUGACGAUUAUAUUGAAAAUGCCAUUUUUCCCGAGAAAAACACAAGGUAUACAAACGGGGCACGAACUAAUGCCGAUAAUUCUCCAAGACUUCGCUCGAAAGGACAGCCAAUAGUUGGUGGCAACGAUUCAUGCCCUGAAGAUUGUCCUAAUUUAGGCUCUUUUACCCAUAUAAAUAAUCGAUAUAAACAAUUAGGUUCGGAAAUUUGCGAUAGUUCCAGAUGUCCAAAAAAAUUUGAAAGGCUUUCCAAUAAAGAUCCACAAAGUCUCGAAAAAAGAAUAAGGUGUAGAAGUCAAAGGUAUGAAGCUGAUUACAAAGUUUGUGAGUCCGGUAACUGUUCCGAUAGAAGACGAAUGAUAGAGGAUCAAAAUAAGUAUUCAACUUACGCAGAUACUUCAUAUAGAGUCGAACCUAAAAGAAAAUAUAAUAAGCAGUUGUGUAAGAAUCCAAAAUGUCAUGAUAAAAAGGGUAUAUAUGGAUAUACGGACAGAGGCCGCUGUGAAAGAAACUCCUUGUACAAGAAAGGAGCAUCAAUCGCUCAAAGAAGCAUUCCAAAUGAUGUAUCUUAUGAUCCAGAACAUUUCGAGGAAGAUCCAGACUCUUGUACGGAAGAUUGUUAUAAUCGCAAAAGAUAUCAUUAUAUCAACGAUAGAAAUAAUUGUACAAAACAAGAAACUAAUGAUUUUGAAGACUUUGUUAAUCCGAAAUGCUCAGGUAGAUUAAAGCAACCUACUAAUUAUAAAGACAAUCGACAUGAAAUGAAGUGCUGUGAGAAUCAAGAUUUUCCCGAUAAACUAAACGGACAUGGAUGUCCUGCAUAUACCUCUUAUAGAGGGUACACUGAAAGAAAAUCAAAAACAAAUAAAAAUAAAUCAAUAGAUCAAGACUUAUGCUCUGCAGAUUGUCCUAAUCGGCGUAGAGUUCUAUUCACCGAUCUUCUUCGAUUCAAAAGGAAACAAUCCAAUCCAAGUCGGCAAAGCAGUGGAAGAUCAGAAGUAUAUGUUGAUAAUAGGUUCGUAUCAAGUGCCUGCAAUAAAUGUAAGCGAUAUGUACCUCUUGAAAGCGAUCGUCUGGCGAUCAAGAAAUAUUGUGAUCCCUGUAACACCAAAGGAAAAAGAAAGACCGGAUCUGUAGAAAGCAUAGUAUUAUGUAUUAGGCCUGGUAGACAAUCACCUAUAUUUGUUAAAAAUAGGGAUAAUCCCCUUUUGACGAACCCGGUUUUCAAUAGCUACGAAAAACAUAUUUUGGAACAUUUUGACAAACUCCAAGGAGAGAAAAAUAAACUUCGGAAAUGUUCCGAAGACUGCCCUUUUAUUGGUAAUAUAGAAGAAAAGAACGCUUCAAAGAAACGCUCGUCCGGCUCUAGAGACAAAAUUGAUAUACUGUGUUAUUGUCAAAGUGAAGAACUUAUAGAACAUGAAGAUUCAAAAAAAAAGAAGUCUAAAAUUUCAUUCUUAAAUUGUGAAAAAUCGGCGAAAGAUGAAAGUAAAUCAAAAACAAAUUUAACGCCACCUCCACAACAGGAGGAAUCCAAGCCUAAGAGAGAUAAUAAAUCGAGUGAAUUUAGCUGCUUUAAACCAAAGGAUAAAUAUCCCCAAGAAAUGUCGAAGCCAAGAGAAAAACCGCCCUCAAAAUCGAAUAAAAAGAAAUCAAAAUCUAGUGGAUUUCUGUGUUUUAAAAAAACCGAAAAGCCUCCUCAGGAAAACCAACCCAAAAUACAGAAAAAAUCACAGAAUGAGAUUAUGGAAAAACCUUCAGGUACAGGUGUUCGAUACAGAAAAGAAUCUGCUAAGAAAAAUAAUGAUAAAAUUCAAGUAAAAGACGCAAGUAAGAAAUCCUUGUCGCGUAGCGUAUUUAUCAGUUGGUGCAGAAAAUCACAAACUCCGAAGGAGUCUAGUCGAAAAGAAGAGAAAGCUUUCUCUGAUAUAGAUUGCACCUGUAGUAAAGAUCCCGAAACCGAAGAUAUACCCAUGCCUAGAUCUGAAGUUCCCUUCCGCUGUCCAUGUGCUCCCGAAAAUAUCAAUGACGACGAGGUGAAAGUCCUCUAUGACUCUAGUUUCCGUUUCCAAAAAGAAAGUUGCAGCUGUGCCGAAGUUCCGAAAAAUAUAUACUGCCAUAAUAGUCCACAACAACCUGAGCCAGAUACUUCAGAUUGGUAUGAAUCAUCUCGCCAACAGUUUUAUCAGGAUCAGGAUCAGGAUAUCAAAUACUGUCCAUGUGCCAGUGCCAAUGAUUUCUAUAAAAUUUUAAGGUAAAUAUGAUUGGGAUUUUCCUCGAAAAUACCUACAUUUUUGCACAAACUCCCAAUCAUAAUUACCCAAAGUAGGCAAUUUAAAUUAAUGCAAAACUUACCUUUAA